UUUUUUUUUUUUUUUUUUUUUGAGGUGGAUGUGUCGGGUGAGGAGGAGGCUAGCUAGGAGUGGCUGAAGGGACAAGGCAAGGGGAAGGCCUUGGGGGCUGGGAGUGUGUGUGUGGCGGAUGGCUCCUUCGGGUAUGGGGUCCACAGAGCAGGAAGGAGAGGGGUCUAUCAAUAUGCUACUUGGCUGUGACCCAGCAUUGGACUUUUAAACUGAACUCCACCCAGGAAGAGGUCUGAGCUAAGGAGGUCACCCCAGGAACCCCUCUGGGAGGCUGCAGGCCCCACCCUUCAGGUCUCCAUGGGCCUGGAUGGCCCCUCAGGCUUCCUCAUUCUCAGGGCAGGACAGGACAGUCUCUGCCUGGCACCAGCUGGGCGGCCUCCACCUUAGCUGGGCUUGGACUUGGACCGAUCUGAGUGCUGGGCGCUUCCCAGAGAUAAGAUACCCUCCCCACCUGAGAAUCUCUGAGGCAGCCUAGGGGUGGUCUCCCCUCCUUGCCCCCAGCUCAUUGGCCCCCAGAUUUAGCCUCUGCUGUCCUGUGGAGGAGUUGCUCUGCCUGGAGCUCCCUUUUCCAAGUUCCCCAGGGAUGUUCCUGCUGCGAUCUGCAGAUUUGGGAGAGCAGUGGCGUGAAGGGAGCAGGCAGAGGUUGGAUGGCCCCUUGGGCCUGGUGGGCUGGAAGACCCCAGCAGUGCUGAGGUUCAGUGUCCUCAGCCUCUUCCUAGGGGAACACAAAGUGUGAGGAGACUCUCACAUGUUAAUUUGCUUUCUGCGAAUUAGAAGUGACCUUAUGCCCUCCCUGGCUCCCACAGACCUCGGACUCUCGCAGGGGCAUCCUGUGGCCUGGGGUGGGGCACAUCUUCCUGCCCGCUGGCUCACAGGAACCUUGAGAUGCGCCUGGGCGGGUACUGCGAAGCACCCUGCCCCAGGGAUCCCCGGGGUCCCCGCACCCCCGCUCUUCCCUCGCCAGACGGGUCCCGCCCGGGGAGCGCGUGGACAGUCCACAGUUCGCCGCUGGCCCGCCUCCAUUCGAGUUCCCGAGGUCCAAGUCUGGGCUCGGGGGCGGGGCAAGGAGGCGGGGCAUCAGGGGCGGGGCCCCUGGGUCCCUCAAAGGCGCGGACCCGAGAGUUCCACCCCGUCCCGCGCCCACAGCCAUCUGCAGGUCCGCUGUAGUCCCUGUCCUGGACGCGCCGCCAUGCCCAAGUGCCCCAAGUGCGAGAAGGAGGUGUAUUUUGCGGAGCGGGUGACCUCGAUGGGCAAGGACUGGCAUCGGUCCUGCCUGAAGUGUGAAAAGUGUGGAAAGACGCUGACCUCUGGGGGUCACUCUGAGCAUGAAGGCAAGCCUUACUGCAACCACCCCUGCUACUCUGCCAUGUUUGGGCCCAAAGGCUUUGGGCGGGGUGGCGCUGAGAGUCACACCUUCAAGUAGACCCAGGUUUCAGAGACCCCAUCCGUGGCUACCUGCUGGGCCACUGGUCAUCCAGACAGAUACCAGGCCUUAUCCCCAGAGAUCCAGGGCUCCCAGCAGCCCCUCAUGUCUUCAAUAAACCUGAACACUUGGAAGGCC